AUGUGUAAACAUGUUGCUGGUUUGGCUAUUCGAUUAAACUAUUGCAAGUCACCACCUGCUGCUAAACAAGUUGAAGUUGGGGAAAAAAACGUCGUGGUAGACCAAUGAAGUGCAAAAAAGCGCUAUUAAUUCAAUAAAUUUCUGUUAAUUGUACAAACAGUUUCUUACCUGAAAUAAACUAAUAAAAAACUGAACAAAAGUAGAUUAAAUACUGAACAUUUUUAAAUUAAUUACUGAGCACUUUUAAAUUAAAUACUGAAAUAUUGGAAUUGUUUACUGAACUUCAUGAAUUAUUUACUGAACAAAAAUAAUUGUUUUACUAAACAAAAACUACUGAACAUUCAUAAUAUAAUACUGAACGAUUAAAUAUAAACCAAAAAAUUUUACUCCGUUUUAGAAUUACUGACUCCUCAAUUUUCUAUAUGAAGGAGCUAUAAUAUUUCUGAAAAUUUCAUAAGUUUGACAUGGAA